AUGGCACAAGCUUUAUUUGACGAACACCCUCUUGGAGAAUACCUGCGAGAUGCUGGCGAGACUUCAUUUUCAAUACCUGGGAUAACGUCCGACAUCGAGAGAGAGAUUGACGCAUUCUAUGAUGUGGCGGAGGAGCCUUGUGAAGAGGUACAGGUUGACUGGUGUCCUCCAGUGUUGUCAGAGUUUCUAGAGGUUUUGGAAUCCAUUAUCUCGUCAACAGCGCACUCAUCGCGGAAACCCAGUCCAUUCGUGGAGCGAUUCAAGUACAACGUGAUUUCGUCCUCACUGCUGGCACCCUCUCUCCCAACGCCCCACCCGGGGCGACCAUCCCGAACUUUCCACAUCCCAGGCAGACUUGGUCAUAGUCGAACGCCCAGCCUUGAAACCACGCGCCCAACAUCUCCUCCUCCUGCAAUCUCUUCACAGGAUUCGUCUUACGGUGCCCUGAGCGCCACAGUUGCGUCAACUGUCAUAUUUUCCAGCAUUGGAUUCUCCAGCCUCGCCGUCCUAUCUUUAUUCGCAACCAUUAUCCUGAUGUACAAGCACAUGUAUACGACUGAAACGCCCAAGCACGAUCUCACUUCUUCGUUCAAUGCCCUUGAUGACCUGAUUGUCGCCAACACUACGUGGGACGCCGUUGUCCAGGACGCCGUAACGUUUCUGGAUAACGAAGAGCGCAAUCUCCACACCUCGACAGGUCCAUCAUCACCCUCUCCCAUUCGCGUCGCCCUUCAUUCCUCUCUACAAACUACUCACACACAAUGUGACAACAUUCGCCAUCUAUUUUCAGCUCUAACAUCUCCCACAGAACUAUCACAGCUCUCAGAGAUGUAUGCGCCACCAUCACCUAUGAAAACGGGCUUCGCUCCAGAGGGCCACUCCCGUCCGCUGUCGUAUCCUCUACGUUCACCAACCUCGCCUGCUCGUACCCCAGAGAGCAAACGCUCGACUUGGAACGGCUCGUAUUCAAGCCUUGCAUACGCCGGAAGUCCGACGAACCCGAUGUACAGAAGACGAGACAAGCACAGAGCCAACCUCUCGGACGUGUUCGAGACAAAGAGUGCUCCUGUGACACCCUUGCUUGAUCCUUCAGCAAGUCGUCUUUCCGAAGUCCCAGAGGACCAGCCAAUCAGCAGUGUGUCAACCUCUUUUUCACCAAUGACCAACAACUUUGGUUCGGCGGCACUGGAGAUCCAGCGGAAACGGAAAAGUGGAGGCAUGGACUUCCUACGGUCACCGCCUUCUGCGAGUUACUCGCUACCUGAAUUACGCAGCCCUCGAAGAUUCUCGUCAACAAUCACCUCAUCAUCGAAAUUCACCAGUCCUCAGUCGGGUCGCCAUCCACUCUCGUAUUCAGCUCUGACAUACUCUCUCCAAGGAGCUUUGUCCGCCAAGAGAUAUACGUGUUCACACCUUCUCGCUCUGCGCUUCUCGGAGGAAGACGACGAAGGUUACUGGGAGGACGUCCGGAGUGUGAUGGGCUUGCUGACUAGUGCCCUUGUGGACGCGUCGUCAAGACUUGCAGAAGCUCUUGACGAGGUCGAGCACCAGAACUUGCGCGAUCAGAACCCUACGCCCAACAGAACCGACUUCGUCGAUGGCGAUAUUGACCCAAUGGAGGGUCUUGAGAGGGAGAGUCCGCCGAAGCGACAGAGCAAGAUAUCUUUCGCCCCGCUGCCAAGCCAUAUCUCGCGCUUUGCGGCCCACGUCGCUGCUAUCGAGUCAGCAUUGGACGAUGCUCGAGAGAAUUUGGAGCAGUGUGUUGCAGCUAUUAAGGAGGGUCCGGUGUCAUCUACACCAACGCCUUCAAGAACCCUGCGGCAUUCGCGGUCCUUCUCUCGCAUGUUAUCACCUCCAAAUGCGAACGAACUAGAGCAAGAGGAGCACGAAGCACUGCAAGCCUACGAACGCCUUCGUAGAGAGCUGGGUUUGGCGCUGCGAGAGUGCGAGAGAGGCCGAGAGCGUUUAUUGGAGAUCGUGAAGCCCGCUGUCGCGAGCGACGACGAGGAAGAGUUCGACGACGUCCCUGGCCUCGCACACGACGCAAGUGCAAGUGACGAUUCGGAUAAGCCCGACCCAACAUCCCCGGCCUGGGACGACGAAGCAGUGGUCGCAGCCGUCGCAGAUGUAAACCAACUAGCUACUCCCGAUGCGGAGAAGGCAUUCGUGGACGAUGCCAACCCGCAUCUUCUUCAAACGACGAGCGCGCAGCAUCUACCCCUACCUGGCAUCGAAGAGGUCUUCGAGGCUGACACUGGCGCGAAGGCCACCUUCACCCGCGAGCGGUCGAAGUUGUCGAGAGAGGAGCGGAUCCAGCUCGCCAAAGCGCGGCGAGAGAGUGGGAUGGGUCUGGGUAUCGACCCAGUAGAUGCGGAGGAUGGUAGUGGAGAGAAGCCGAAGAUGGGAGGCAUUGAGAAGUGGGGUCCGGGCGGCGAUGUCGUGGAGGAGCUGAAGGACGUCAUUUGGAAAGUGGGCGAGCGCAAGAGGCGGAUGACGGUCUCGGUGCAGGCUGCACAGCAGACACUCAGACCGACACAGAGCCGGACGUUGAUCCAGAGCAGCAUCCCCGAGUCGCUCCUCGAGAGUUCAUGA